UGUGGCAGUCUACUGCCUUCCUGUGGGCGAGUACCAUGGCGGCCUACGAGCAGGUCCAAAAGGGAGCCCUGAAGCUGAAAGGCGUCGCAGAACUCGGCGUGACCAAGCGGAAGAAGAAAAAGAAGGACAAAGACAAGGCGAAACUCCUGGAAGCGAUGGGGACGAGCAAAAAGAACGAGGAGGAGAAGCGGCGGGGCCUGGACAAGCGGACGCCGGCCCAGGUGGCCUUCGAGAAGAUGCAGGAGAAGCGGCAAAUGGAAAGAAUCCUGAAGAAAGCAUCCAAAACCCACAAGCAGAGAGUGGAGGACUUCAACAGACACCUGGAUACACUCACGGAGCAUUACGACAUCCCCAAAGUCAGCUGGACGAAGUAGCCUCCCGGCCCUGGGUACAGAGCAGCAUCGAGGCUAAGCAGAAGGCCAGGUCAGGGUCAUGUUUGGUUCCUGGGGUAUUUUCUAGAAACAUUGCUUUACACACACCCUCGCAUCUUCUGCUGUGGCAGUGCUUUUCGAAGCUGUGUAACCUCAUCCUGGAACUUGAUUAAAGACAGACUGUCCUUUUACUCAGGUGAGGUUUCUUGGUAGCACAUGGAAGAUAUACCUUUUUGGUUUGGGUGGAAAGUUUUGAAGGUUCAUCCAGAGGUAAAGGCCAUUCCUUUGUGCCCUGUAAAAAUGAUUUUGUCCCCGAGUCACAGCUAACGCUCUGAGGCCAGCCAUCGUCUUCACCUGGAUGAGAUGGACUCCAGAGGACAAGGAGCUAAUGCAAGUGUGGUCUGCAGUGUGCAGACUCCUGCGGGACCCUGCGUGGGCUGCCCUGCCAAGCUCCCUCUAGCUUCGGGCUUGUGCUGUUCUCCCCAGGCCCCGAGAGGCCACUGGAGGCUUCAUGGCCUUCACACUGCCUCCUCAGCCACCUGGCCGGUGAGACAACACAGCCUGGGUGGCAGAACCACCACCUGAGACAAGGAUGGGUUAUUGCAACGUUGGCAGGCGUUGCUAAUUGAUCACAGCACUCUCUGUAAUGGAACCCGGACAUGGCCUGCCUCACAAACCUCAGCCCAGGCUCUGAGCAGCCUCUCAUGUUUACUCAGAAUGGGCACGUCACACGGAGACAAGUGUUGAGUUUGGGGCUGUCGUGUGUAAACCGGAAUAAA